AUGAAAUUAGAUACAUCACAUUUGAGAUACCUCACGUCCGAUGACUGGAGAGUAUUACAGGCUGUGGAGUUGGGGUCACGGAACCACGAACUUGUCCCCACGCAAAUGAUUCAUUCUAUAUCUGGGAUGCGAUCACCAUCGGGUACACAGCGUGCCAUUGGUGAUUUGGCUAAACUUAAGCUUGUUGCACGUUUGCGAAAUGCCAAGUAUGACGGAUUUAGAUUAACUUACAAUGGAUAUGACUACUUGGCACUCAAGUCAAUGUUAAAUCGAGACACGGUAUACUCUGUUGGUUCUACAAUCGGAGUGGGGAAAGAAUCGGAUAUCUUUUCUGUAAGUGACCCAAAGGGUGCACAGAAGGUAAUGAAGGUGCACAGAUUGGGACGUACUUCAUUUAAAACAGUGAAGAAUAACAGAGACUAUUUAAAGAAUAGGCAAACCUCAAAUUGGAUGUACUUGUCAAGGUUAGCAGCGGCAAAAGAGUACCAAUUCAUGCAAAUAUUGUAUGACCAUGGGUUCAAGGUUCCUCAGCCAUUUGACAAUUCAAGACACUGUGUCAUUAUGGAGUGGAUUAGAGGUAUCCCAAUGAAACACUUAAACAGCUCGAACUUGAAUGGAAUUGAUUACAAAAAACUAUAUUCCGACUUGAUGCUAUUCAUUGUCAAAUUGGCCAAACACGGUUUGAUCCAUUGUGAUUUCAACGAGUUCAACAUCAUAAUCAGAGAUGAGGAGUCAGCGAAAGUGCAUGGUCAAUUUGUCGUUAUUGAUUUUCCUCAGUGUGUUUCCAUUGAGCAUGUAGAUGCUAAAGAGUAUUUUGAUCGAGACGUUGAAGGCAUUCGAGAAUUUUUCAAAAAGAAAUUCAGAUAUGACCCACAACAUGAUGCAAGUAUGUUUGACACUGACGGUUACGGAGACGGAUACAAAUAUGCGUACCCAAAUUUUAAAAGAGACGUGAUACGUGAGGCGCAACUCGAUGUUGAAGUGCAGGCUUCUGGAUAUGCAAAGAAAAAAACUGGCCGACGAGAAGAGAAGGAUUUGGAAAAGGCGGUCAUGGGUAUGAGAAUUGUUCGAAAUGAAGACGAUGACCUUUCUGAAAUUGAAAGUGGUGAAGAAGACGAGGACGACGAGGACGACGAGGACAGAGAGUACGAUGAAAACGGCGAGCAAGUAGAUGGAAUGGGUGAAUACGACAGCGAAGACGAUCUUGAUGAAUUCAACGAAGGCAUAGAAGGUCUUGAAGAAGAUAUCGAUGCCGAUCAAGAGAAGGCGGAGAAUGAAAAAAUCAUUGAAGCUAUCUCUGCUGGAGAUAAAAAACUCAAAAUGGACAAGUUAGGGAAUUAUAUUUUAGAGGAGUGA